CUCUCUCUUCCUCUCCUUCUUUUGCUUUCCUCACACAUACCAUAGAUAAGAAGCAAACAUGGAUGCAAGUAGUUGCGUAGAUGAAGGCACAACGAGUGAUUCGGUGUCCAUAUCGCUUUCUCCGGCCAUGACUACUGUAUCGCCGCUCAACGUCACGCCUCACAAGUCAUCGCCAAAUAGUCUCUGCCGGGUUGGCAGCGGCGCCAGCACUGUUUUGGACUCCGAUGGCAGCGUUAUUGAGGCUGAGUCUAGGAAACUGCCGUCGUCCAGAUACAAGGGAGUGGUGCCGCAACCCAAUGGACGAUGGGGGGCCCAGAUAUACGAGAAGCACCAGCGCGUUUGGCUUGGUACGUUCAACGAGGAAGAUGAGGCCGCCAGAGCCUACGACAUCGCUGCCCAGAGGUUCCGCGGCAAGGACGCCGUCACCAACUUCAAGCCCCUCAACGGCAACAGCUCCGACGAUGCGUCGGACGACGAUAUCGAGACGGCCUUCCUCAACUCGCAUUCCAAAGCCGAGAUCGUGGACAUGCUGAGGAAGCACACCUACAAUGACGAACUCGAGCAGAGCAAGCGCAACCGAGGUUUGGCCGGGGGAAGCAACGGGAAGUCGCGGAAGGACGGCGGCGCAGGGUCGUGCUUCGAGCGGACGCAGAAAGCGCGUGAGCAGCUGUUCGAGAAAACCGUCACGCCGAGCGACGUGGGAAAGCUGAAUCGAUUGGUGAUACCCAAGCAGCACGCGGAGAAGAACUUCCCGUUGCAGACCGGAGUCGCUUCUUGCCCGGUUUCGGCAGCGGCGGCGAAGGGGGUGCUUUUGAAUUUCGAGGACGAUGCAGGGAAAGUGUGGAGGUUUCGGUACUCGUACUGGAAUAGUAGCCAGAGCUACGUGCUGACGAAAGGAUGGAGCAGGUUCGUGAAGGAGAAGAACCUGAAAGCCGGCGAUACGGUCAGUUUCCACAGGUCGACCGGACCGGACCGGCAGCUCUACAUUGACUGGAAAGCCCGGAAUAACCAGAGUGUCGUCGGUGGUGCAGGGACCGGAAUGGAGGGGCUGUACAACCCGGCAGGGCCGGUGGUGCAGCCGGUUCAGAUGGUUCGGCUCUUCGGUGUGAACAUUUUGAAAAUGCCGCCGGCGGAAUCUGUAGGUGGGAGCUGCCACGGCAAGAGGAAAGAGGUGGAGCUGUUAACGUUAGAGUUUAGCAAGAAGCCAAAGAUAAUCGGAGCUUUGUAGCGUUUAUCUUUAAUUUUGUUUUUUGGGUAAUUUUGUGAAAUUUGAAAUUUUGUGAAGGAAGAAAAGGAGGUGGAGAAAAACAGGAAAGAGAAAGGAAGAGGAAAGUGACGGUGGUGGUGUAGUUGCAAGUUGCAGAAAAGAUGAAUUGUAGAUUAUUAAGAAAGGAGCUGAAAUUAGGUGCAGAAAACAACCUGUAUAAAAAAAAAGUGACCCCCAAAAAAAAAAAUAUAACUGUUCAUUUUGA